UACACAGUGUCUUGACAAAAUAUAAAAGCAACUUGAAGAAUAUGCACAAAUGCAUUGUUGAAGGGAUGGAACAAGCGAGAACUCCUCUCGAACACGUUUACACUGAGCUCUGCAUUGUAGAAGGAGAAAGGAAAUUGAAAGGACAUGAAAUGUGGCAAACAGAACAGAAAUACAAUCCACUGUUCUCAUACGGCAGAGCUAUUACCUACGACAAUAUCUUUACACCCACGUCAAUUUGUGAAUCUAACGAAGAACAAAAAGAGAAAACAAUCAGAACUGUACUCACGAAAGGUGUCGCUGGGAUUGGAAAAACUGUGUCUGUGCAAAAGUUCAUCCUCAACUGGGUCAAAGGGAUUGCAAAUCAAGACAUAGACUUGAUCAUUUUGCUUCCAUUCCAGGAGCUAAACUUGGUCAAAGAAAACCAGUACAGUUUACAAAAGCUUCUGAUUUAUUGUUAUCCUGCACUUGAGACCAUUAUGGAAUACAUCACCACACUCAAACUCAUACUUAUCCUUGAUGGUCUGGAUGAAAGCAAGCUUGAACUGAAUUUUGACUGCGAGAACCUGUCUGAUACAGCAAAAGCAUCAAGAGUGGAUGAGUUGUUGGUGAAUCUGAUCAAAGGAAAGCUGCUUCCCAAUGCUCAUGUCUGGAUAACUUCACGACCUGCUGCAUCUGAUCAGAUUCCCCCAGAAUAUACACAGCGUGUAACAGAAAUUCUGGGAUUUUCUAACAGUCAGAUAGAAGAGUACCUGAAGAAGAGGAUCAGUGACCAGGAACAAGCGAAUAAAAUCAUUGCCCAUAUCAAACAGUCAAGGACUCUGUAUGACAUGUGCAGAAUACCACUAUUCUGUCAGAUUGGUGCUACUCUGCUUCAGCAAAACGCAGAUACCAUCCCAAAAUCUCUGACCGAAAUGUACACAAACUUAUUGCUAAUUCAGACAGGCAUAACACAGCAGAAAUAUGAGACCAGCAGAGAGAGAGAUUCAAAAAAGCUUCUUGAAUCCAACAGAGCUAAAAUUCUCAAACUGGCAAAACUGGCUUUCCAACAAAUGACAAAAGGCAAUACAAAGUUCUAUGAAGAGGAUCUAAAAGUGUGCAACAUUGAUGUCACCGAGCCUUCGCUGUACUCUGGCAUUUUCAACGAGAUGUUUAUGGUUGAAUAUGGGUUUUACCAGAGGAGGGUCUACUCAUUUGUGCCUUUGAGUUUUCAGGAGUUCUUGGCAGCUUUUUAUGUGUUUCACUGCUUUGUAACCAAAGACAUACAGGAUCUUCAGUUUUUCAAUCCACUAUAUAAAGAGCCUUCUGGGGAUGUGAGACUGGAGACUAUCCUGAAAGAAGCAGUCAAUAAAGCGUUACAAAGUCAGACUGGACACCUGGAUCUUUUCCUCCGUUUCCUGCUGGGCAUCUCACUGGAGUCCAAUCAAAGACUACUACAGGGCCUAUUGACUCAGAAACAUACCAGCUCAGAAAGCAUCGACAAAACAAUCAACCACAUCAAACAGGAAAUACAAUCAAGAAGCCUUCCUCUUGAGAGAUCCAUUAGUCUGUUCCUUUGUCUAACUGAAAUGAAUGACCAGUCUUUCUCAAGUGACAUUCAGAAGUACCUAAAGUCAAAAAAGUACUCAAAAGAUGGGAUCUCCCCUGGACAAUGCUCAGCACUUGCUUGCAUCCUGCUGGUGUCAGAGAAGGAGUUUGAUGAGCUGAACCUGAAUGAGUACUGCACAUCAGAAGAGGGUUAUAGGAGAUUAAUUCCAGCUGUCAGCAACCACAGAAAAGCUUUACUAGUUGGCUGUAAUCUCACCAUGGUGUCCUGGGGCACACUCUCUUCAGCUCUGAAUUCAACAAACUGCCACCUAAAGGAACUAGACCUCAGUUACAAUGACCUGUAUGAUUCAGGACUGGAGCUGCUCUCUGUUGGACUGAAGAGUUCACACUGUAAACUACAGACACUCAGACUUAUUUGCUGUAAUCUCACCACAUUGUCUUGUGAAACUUUCUGCCCCAUUCUGAAAUCACCAAACUCCUCCCUAAAGGAGCUGGACCUCAGUAACAAUGACCUGCAAGAUUUAGGGGUGGAGCAGCUUUCUGAUGGAUUAAAGAGUUCACACUGUAUACUGGAGAUACUCAGGUUGUCUGGAUGUAUGGUCACAUCGAAAGGCAUCUCAUUUUUAGCUUUAACUCUGAGUUCAAAUCUGAAAUGCCUAAAAGAACUGGAUCUGACCUACAAUCACCCAGAGGACUUAGGGGUCAGGCAGCUCUUUGAAAGACUAGAAGAUCCACAGUGCAGUUUGGAGACUCUCAGGAUGAAACAUGGUGGGGAGAUCAGAAUGAAACCUGGACUAAGAAAAUAUACUUGUGACCUGACCCUGGACCCUAACACAGCACACACCCGUCUUAUUCUGUCUGAGGGAAACAGCAAAGUAAACUGCGUGAAAUCACUACAGUCAUAUCCUGAUCAUCCAGAGAGAUUUUCUUUCUUAAAGCAAGUGCUAUGCAAAGAAAGUCUUACUGGACGCUGCUACUGGGAAGCUGAAUGUAGUCAGUGGGUUAAUGUAGUGGUCACCUAUAAAGGAAUUGGCAGGAAGGGAAAUGGUGCUAAUUGUGAGUUUGGUCGUAAUAAAAAAUCCUGGAUUUUGUUUUGCUCGUCCAACGGUUACACUGCUUGUCACGAUGACAAGGAAACUAACAUAGCUACCAAAACUUCUUCCAGCUUCAACAGAGUUGGGGUUUAUCUGGACUUUAUGGCUGGAACUCUGUCCUUCUACAGCAUCGCCUCUGAUACACACACUUUCACCCACUUACACACAUUCAUCUCCACGUUUACUGAGCCCCUCUAUACUGGGUUUAUGUUGUAUACUGAUGCUUGUGUGCAUAUCAUAUCCUCCCAUAGGUCCUAGUGAGGUCGCUCCUAUUGAAUCUUUGCAACUAUAAAGCCCCAGCAUAAUUCACUUUUUUCUAAUGCCAUUUUUCCCUUUCACAAUUUUUCUCACCAUCUUGAUCCAAACUUAAGCUAAACUGGUCCUGCUUAUCAUAUUUGUAUUGAUAUUGAACUGUACCUGUAUAAAAAUGAGCUAUUUUGGCGAUCUAAAGACAGCUUGAUGUUGGGGUGUCAGUAGGGUUGCCAACUUUUCAUAAAUGAAAUAAGGCAGGGGGGGUGGUGUUAUAUUUCAUGGUUUGGAGUUAUAUUAUAUAAUUCAUAGACUAAAGUAAAUUACACUAAUCCAUUUAUCUCAGCAUGUGUUUUUAAAAAAGCACCACAUAUGAUUUGAACAGAUGCAAAUAAAUAUACAUUCAGUAAAACAUAACAAGGAAUUCUCAUUUUUAACUAAAUAUGUUAUAUCUUGUGAGCCGAGCUGAAAAACAAAAUGUAGCUCCAGAUUUCUCCUGGAUGCUCCUCAGUCAGCAUGUGUAUAUUAUGUUCAGUUCCGUCAGCAGCUCACCUGAUUUACCACAUUUACCAAUUUACCAAACCAGGUGUUGACAUAAUGAGAAAUAACUCUAUUCAACUCAGAUGAGGAGAGAUUAGGAGAUGUAUUAAGAAAAACAGUGCUGUAAAAGCUCUGUUUUUGUAAAUUUGCUGUUUGUAUUUAUUGUAUUUUUUGUGUUUUACUGAGCUACUAAAAA